GUAGCCAUUGACUUCCUUAUAAGUGUCCACGGGGCACAUGUACAAUCAAUGACUAAAUAUGGCUGGUUCCUCUUUCAUUAAAAUAAAUAUGCAAAUGUGCCUUGUCAUGGUUACAAGACGUAUGCAGUCAGAAGUUAUCUAAUGCUGAACAGGACAACGCAUAGAAGGGAUUCCGACUCUUGAUGACCCUAAAAAGAACCAUCUCACUCACCAUUACCAUUGCAGCAAGUGGCUGGAGGAAUAACUGCCUGGGAUAUCACUGGCUACACCCAGUCCUGGUUUCCUGGAAUCAUGGGAGUAUUUGCCAGUGGAAGAGGAUCUGGAUGGAAGAGCACAGUGGGUUUCUGUUGUCUUUGUAUAGCUCUUGGGUUCACUAUUGGUUCCAUCAUUUUUUUACUUUUGCACCUUUCUGGAACAUUUACCCCUACUGUGUCUUUGAUUGUUUCCGGCCUAUUCGCAGUUCUUCUGUCCAUUCUCUUCUUCUUCUAUAAGACAUUGCGCUGCAUGGGAGUCAUCUUCCUGCUCUCCUGCGGGAUGAGAGAGGGUAGGAAAGGUGUGAUCACUGCUGGUGCUGGAAUUGUGGUCUUUUAUAACAUCAAGAACAUUAUUGACAAUCUCAGAAUCCUGGCGGACAGCAUCACCUGUGACUUGGAAUCAAAGCGCCUCUCCUUGAGGGUGAUGCCUUUCGAAUUCUACAGAGAUGCCAUUGUAAGGGUUUACAAGGAGGGUAAAAAUUUUUUCGAACCAUUUGGAAAUUUUGUAACUGACCAAUUCCAAUGCCGUCUUUCCAUUUUAGACAAAGACCUGGAAACCAUGGUCAAUGAAACGAGGCACCAAAUUGAUGAUGUGGUGGCCAGCAUAAAGCAUCUGAUUGAUAUUGCUUCUUAUGCAGGUCACAUAGUCAUCCUUCUGCUUGGCAUCUCCAUUGUUCUCGUUGGAACUAGGCUCUUUGUAAGGAGGUUCUUGAGCCAAGACAGUAAAUACUUUGAAAACACGUACAUUACAAAAACCUUUGUGAGCUAUGAUAACGCUAUGAAGGAGCAGAAUGAGGCAGGCGUCUUGCCCCUCAACAAGAAGGAAAGACUUAAAUACAUCAAGAUCCCAUGUCUAAGGAUUCCAAAGAAGGAGCGCAAAAGGAUGACCCUUUUUCUUGUGCCGGUCUUUAUUAAUAUCACAGUGUGGGCUUUAAUCACGUUUAUAGAUCUUAUGCUCUACUGGCUUAUUGUAACCGGAAGCACCCAUCUGCAAGAGAUGCCUCCUGUCACUGUUCCAAUAAACGUAUCUCUGAAUAAUAAGGGGACGAUCUCCAUUAUUACAAUUAGCAAGGAUUCCUCAAAUAUCCAGAAUAGCUCCUUUCAGAUUCAUCUCUUUGACACCAAGUGCUCUCCAAAGCCUGGAAUCUCUCUCUUGAAUUCAUGGAUCUCCCUUAGCAUCAUAAUUCUUAUUUUGUUUCUCUUCGGAUUCCUGUCUUCUUUUCUUACUCAAAUCAAAUUGCUGCUUAUAGCGUCUUUUUACCCAAGCAAAGAUCUAGAACGGGUAAAGUAUCUUCAUCGCAAAAUACUCAAGAAAAGGGUAGGGUCCUCAGCAAGGAGGCAAGCACUGAGAGAUAUUGUAUUAAAGGCAAGCUUCUGGAUUCCAAUACUAGCAAGUGAGCAGUUAACCCAUGAGAACUUACAAUGGCAGGUGGAAAAAUGUGAUCAUCAGAACAUAGACCAUGGGACUCACUCCAAUCAGGGAUUUGUAAAUCCAGUAUUUGAAAUGGAGACCACAUGACACGGCUCAUCUUCUCCCACUUUUCACAUAAACAAAGUCAUACUCUACCUGACAUGAAGAUGAGAGUGAAGCAUCAGAAGAAGAUGAUGAUACAUGAUUCAUAAUGUUCUCCUGUCUGUCUGCCAUUAUCCAUUCUAUUGCCGUUUAUUUCAGCUGUUACUUAACAUACUGUACAAUGAAUAUUAAAACAAAGUAUAUAUAAGCCAUAACGCUCUGAAUCACCGCUAGUGUUCUUUAAGAUACAGGCCUAUGCUUAUGAUUAAGGGUGCCUGUGCUCGAAACGCGUCAAGCUAGAUGUGAUCCGUGCCUUUUAACAUGGAUUAAUAAAGUUUCUGGAUUUUAAAGAACUCCAGCGCGUGGAAAU